AUGAUUUCACCAUAUGCUUGGCGAAUCAAGAAGAGUAGUCCGCCGGGAGUGACCAGCCUCUGUGCAAAGGCUUCACGAACAACAGCCCUCCUUUCCGACGACCACCAUAAGCGAGAGCCUCCGAGAUUUACGCCUGUGCCACCGGGAGGAUUCGAAUUUUCGGCCAGGUUCUAUCCGUGCAUCACCUUCACGAUCGAGCAGCCUAUCGCCAGCGUCAUCCGCCUCACGUGUCGCCGCGUGCGGCCACCGGCGACCCGGAUCUGUUUGAUUUUCCCGACGGCCAGCCACGACAACCCCGGCGGUCCUCGUCAAGUCAAUCCGUCACAGCACCACGCGCAAGCCGAGCCUAGCAGCUGUCGCACGUCGCCGAACCGCCGCCGGGUUCUGCUCCCCUCCAAGGUUUUCCAGUUCAGGCCGCCAACGACGGUUGUCGGGAGCUCUGAGCGAGGGCGUGGAGAAGAGGAAGGGAAUUCGAGAAUUUGA